ACUCGACGACAGUUUGCCCAACGUCUUCCCAAACACUUCGAUAUGAAGAGCACGCUAUGUGUUGUCACAUUCGUUAUCAUCUGUGCUCAUGCAGUUCCUGUAACGAAUAAAGGAUCCUAUCAUGACAAGCACGAUGCUAGCGCAGUUCACCAAAAUUCUGAGAGCAUCAGCAAGCAACGUAAAGAAAACUAUGAAGAUACUAGCAAAAAACAAGGAAAACGUCAGCUUCCCGAAUUUGGAUACGAAAACCACUUUGGACAAUUCAAUGGAAACCAAAACAACUAUCAACGGUUUCUUCCUCAAGAUGCCAUACUUCACCUAAACGAACCAAAACUCAGUGAGAGUCCUUCUUAUAGUAAUAGAUACAAUGAAGUUCACUCUAAUCGAGAAGCUCCUCCUCAGCAAUUUCCUCCUUUCAGUGCUAAUUUUUAUGAGCAAAAUAAUGUUAGGCAGAACCAUUUUCAAAAACAGUACCAAAAUUCUUUAAUUCCAAAUACUGGGUAUGAAAAAUUCAGUUUACCUGGACCGGCGAAUAUUUUAAAAAAUCAUGGAAAUAUAAUUCCUUUCAAUUUCAACCCAACCAAAAACAUUGGACCUCAAAAUUUGGAUAUAUUCGUUGAUAAACGUCCAUCACAAAAUAAUAACAUAUUUUUUAAUCCAACCGCAGAGACACCAAAUUCCUUUCAAGUAAAUAACAACUUAGGGAGACAACCUUUUACAAAUUUGGCAAUUCCAUCUCCAACCCAUCACCCGGGAAAUGCCGCCAGCUUCAGCUAUAUUUCACACCAUGAUCAACCGCUUUAUCAAAAUUUUCAAUCUGCAGAACAUAUUAGAUUCGCGAACAGGUAUAACCAUAUCGAAAAUACUCGCAAUGUUAGUCCCGAUAAUGUGUACCUAAUUAGAGGGAGUUCUCAUGGCACAACAAACCCAAGUAAGCUUCCAACUAACGGUAAUUCGCCUAUAUUAGUAGUAAUACCACAUCAGGCAGUGCGAGGCAGUAACUCUCAGCAACAAAGGCAUCCUUCAAGUAAUCAGCAGCCACGCUUUGUGGGUUAUACAGCUGAAUAUAGUGAGCAAGUGCGUCCCUUUGAAAGUAAACCAGUGGUAAAUACAGACCAAUAUCGUCCAAAUGACAACAACCCUGCCCAUCAAACCAGUGCAUUAGCUGUGCAGUUAGUAACUGUUGAUAACAAAGAAAGCCCUUAUCAACCUAGUAGUUCAGGAAGACCUGUAUUUAAUAUUCCACAAAAUGUAGUUCUCGUGAGCAAAAACGUACAUAAAGCGAGAGAGAUAUCUCUCCCAACUAAUCCUUUGGUCACAGGUAACAUAGUUCCAGGAACACACAGCAACGUUGCUCAUUCUUCCAGCAACUUACCAGCUGGUUUUAUUGCUUCAGCAAAUGGAUGGCAAGGUUUUAUUCCUGACAACAUCCAUCGACCUCAAUCUGUUCCGUCUUUUCCGUUCGCGCCAAAUGGAUACGAUUUUGUAAGUAAUGGCAAUGUGGUUCCAGCGCACCCUCGGAUAAAUCUCCCUCCAGUAUUAAUCGUUACCUCACAGAGUGGUUCUCCCAGAGAUCCCAACGACUCUAAUCAAGUGCAUCAAGUACAACCCUCUGUUUUAGUACAGACCAACCAUAAUAACAUUAACAGAUUUAAAGGCAAGAACAACGUAAGGGGAAUCAUCAAUUCCGUCCCAAUCAUCGGAUCCUACACAGGAACUGGCAAUCAUGUCACAAACGUUGGAAAUUUCCAGGGCGUUAUUCCAGGGAAUUUUAUAUUUGGAGACCAAAGGGUGCCAAAUAAUAACGCGAACUCAUUUGAUAAUGUAUUUAUAGCGCCAGCUCUAAACUCCAACAUUGGUGGUAAUGAUUUAUUAGUUAACAACCCAAUAAGUUUCCCCACAAUUUACAGCAAUGGACCUGGGAGAUUGCCAGCUUUAAACCAAGAACAGUUCAUUUCUGAUAAGAUAAAUCAGCAGCCUGUAAACACCUUUAAUCCAAACAGUCUACAACACCAACAGCAUAGAGGAAUUCCGAAUAAUUUUAACAAUCUUGUUUUACUGUACAGCAGUUUGCCUCUAGACGUAUAUCAAGUAGGCCAUGAUAAACAAAAUUUUCAGAAUUCCAGUCAAUUGGAAAUAACAGAUAAUGCUAAAUUCAACAUAAGUCGUGGCUCAUCUUCCCGCGGCAGUAACUUUCCAGUAGAAAAACGAUUUUCGGAUGACGUAAGUGAUGUAACUAACCAAAACACCUUAAACCCAGAAAUAGGUAACGCAUCAAAAGAAGAAAAUCUAGCAAGGUCUUCGUUCAUUCAGUUAGGAAAAGAAAGUCGAAACUCGUAUGGUGAGCAAUCACUCCAAAACAAACAAAUGCUUCUAGGUGAAAGUGCCCAAGCAUCAAGUUCAAAUAUAGGAAUACACUCUAUGAAAUUCACGCCACGCAAUAUUAUUGGAAACGCACAACACAAACCAAUGACUCUAGUUAAAAAGAGUAUUCUCUGUUCCAAAGCUAACGGCAAAACAAAGCGUAGCCCAAACUGUAGCAUGUUUGGAUCUAUCCUGAACCCCGAGAGACGCUCGCACAAGGAAAAUGCUAAAUUUAAUGUAACUUACGGAGAGAAAUUGCCUUCUCGUGUUAGGUUAUUGAAAUAGAGUGUUUUGAAAUGUAAACUUUUAGAAAACACACAGAAAAUAUGAUAAAUAUAAAUACUGGUUGUAUUGAAAUCUAAUCACAAAAAAUUUCAACCUAAAUUAUCUAACUUUUGUAUCAAUUAGAAAAAGUUAAUUAAAUUUUAUAAAGCAUAUUGCACAUAUUUUCUAGUCAUAAAAAUUGUCAUCUCAUUUUCUACAUGUAACAUAAAAAAUAUAAAAACGUUAUUUCGUCAGAACACUUAAUGCAGAUUUAAUCAAACUUUUCAUUUUAUUAUUUUGUAUAUUUCAGUGCAAUCAUUUCUCAAGCUAACAAUAUGUGCAAACGUAAAGUCCCGAAAUUUUUUAAAAGGGUUACUAAGUCCUUCCAGGUGAAGAAUAUUACAGCACUCUGACAAACUUAUCAGAAUUUUGUGUAGACAUUAUGGUUAAAAAUGCAUUAAAUUUUGAAAUAAAAAAUUUGUAACUUUAUCUGAAGAAUGCUGCUUGCUUAGAAAUAUUUAUUUGAAAUAUUUUUGGAUGCUUCUAAAGGAUUGCAUAAUACAUAAUAUACAUAUUGUAUAUUAUACGUAAUUAAUUAAUGUAAAUAAAAUUGUAGCGAAAUAUAAAACUGUAUGUUAAUUUUUGGCACUUAUUUGAAAUGAGUGUGUAAUGAAAUCGUGCCAGCAAAAUAUAAGAAAUGUGUUUAACAGUUUUUGUCUGUAUUAAAAUUUCAGGCAAACAUAGCUAUAAAUAAAAUUUAUUUUUGAA